GAUGACGUUUCAGCAACAAACUGGAAAUGGGAUCGCACAGAAGUUGUCUCGAGUGAAAAAUCAAUCGUAAUCGCGUUAAAUUGGUUUAAUUUCAUGUGAUUUGUAGUUCCUGUCUUAGAUAAUAGUGGUCCGCAAGUGCUGAAAAUGGCCCCUGGAGCUAACAGUAAUAACAACCAUAAUCGCCAGACGGGAACGAAACCGAAAACAAAAUCAUCAAAGAAAAAUGCUGUACCUCGAGAGGUAGUUGCCCCGACAAGACGAGAUCUCCAGCAGCAACUAAACGUUCUCGUCGAUUGGGCUACGGUAUCGGGUGUUACUGAAGCCGCUGUCAACAGUCAGCAACAGCCAGGGACAGGCGUUGGAGUUUCCAGCAGCCAACAGAACUUUCUACUCAAGCCUAGAAAUAACCGUACUCCGGGCGAGGGAACGUGUUACGAAAUUGAUAACCUUGCUCUGCAAGACAACAGUCGCUACAUCCCGGUACGACCGAUUGUCCGUCGGAAUUUACUGAGUGAAAGUGCAGGGAUCGAAUCCGGCGAGCAGCACAAUACCGCAGUCGGUGUAGUUAUCCCAACCACUCCGAAUUCUGCACUGCAAACUUUCCGCCUCAACGAUCCCACAGGAGCUUCCAGUGGGGGCAUUAAUAAUCUCAUCAAUAACACCGGCAGUCAGAAACACAUUUUCAAUCCCUUCCAACAACAGCAGCAGCAGCAACAACAACUCCACCAACAGCAACUGCGUGCGUCUCCGCUUAGCUCGCGUGUUCCAGACGGUGCAUCUCAGAAUCAACUCAAUCUCAAUAAAAACUCGAAUCAACAACAGCAACAAUUGCAACAGCAGCAGCAGCAACAACAACUGUACGGAGUUGGUGCCAUUGGUGGAGGGGGAGCCACUUCGAGGGUCAACUUUGAAGAUAAACUGAAUCAGAUUCAGGAGUACAUAAAGCUGACCACCAAUUUGAUCUCUUCGGUGCAAAUAGAUAAUAGUCUUUCACAGAGGAAGCAAUCGCAGGAGGGAGGGAAGCAAAACAACACCGUUACCGGGAUGGGUGAUCAAAGUUGCUAUUUCAUGCCGAUCAAUUCCACUAGUUUAGAAAGUGUUCCCAACAGCGAUUCUGAGCUCAACGGUCCACGACCGCAAUCGGUUCAGAGCAUUUGCACCAAUAACUCCACGACCCCGGUGCAGACUCCAUCCUACGACGAACUGCGUUAUCGAGUAGAGGGUCAGAGUAAAAACAUGCAAGCACUGAAAGAACAGCAAGCUCAUCUACUGCGGUUGCAGCAAGCUGCCCGUCAGCAGCUACAGGAGAUGGAAGCUAUUCGCAAUCAGACAGCGGCCAGUGCGGUGCCGUUGGAAAACUUCGAAUCGGUAGAGCAGGUACAGGAAGGAAUCAGUGGCGUUAUGGAACGGAUGCGUGUUCUAGCUACAUUCAUUCAAAAUCAGCAGGAGCUGGGUAAUCUACUCGGUGGAGACAAUGAUGAUGUGCUUAACGAACAGGUUAUGCUGCAGCAAAAGUUCCAAGAGUUGCGCCAUAAAAAGGCUCAAAUGCAUAAUUUGGUAUCCGAAUUGCAAAACUUGAAUGUUGAAGCGAGUAGACAUUUCGAGACAGUAGCUCCGGCUGCGGGUGUCGAGCGGAAUGUUCCGAUCGAGCUGACAAAUGCUCCGGCGCCGGCAGCCGAUAUGAAAAAGGCUACCAAAACUUUCAAUCAAAACAAUGUAGAUCAUACAAUGUUGAAUGGAACACGUGGUGGUUCUAUAACACCGAAGGUUGAGAAUAUGAUUAACAAUACCGCAGAAGGUAUCAACGAGGAUGAGGAUGAGGAAGAAGAGGCAGAAGCAAUCGCUGGAACCGCCGAUAUGUUGAAUGAAAAAAUCAACGAAAUCAAUGCCAUGAAAUCACAAUUGCGACGUUUGAAGGAGAUGAUGGACACUGUGAAGUUGAUCGAAAUGAAAACCGGUGACUCUGCCAAUGAAGAAGAAGAUGUUCCCGAGGAGAAUGAUGACAACGCGGAUACCGACGAAAACAGCCGUUCGCCAAGUGUUGCUAGCCAGAUAAGCGAUCAAGCGGGAGCCGCAGGAGGACCAACCGAUAAACGUCGGGAGCAGCUGAAUCAGCGAGUAGAAGCUUUACAUGCCAUGACACGUGAUCUCAGAGAACAAGCAAAAUCGAUUGCCGCCGAAAGGGAUGCUUUAAAAGUUUCUCGCUCGGAAAUUCAAAAACGACGCAAUAACGUAGCUGAACUUCAACAUCAAGCCGAAACUCAAACCGCAGAAAAACUAACCAAUCACGUGGCAUCGCUCGUUUCUUCACUACCAGCAGGGCCAAAAGAGCGGGAACAGAUGGCUUUGAAAGCUGAACUCGAACAAAAAAGACGCGAGCUGGAACGGAUCGAAAAAAUGACACAUAACAUUAAGAAAAAUACUGAGCUCUCUCAGCGAAACACUGAAGUAGCACCGCCAAAAGUGUCAUCGGUUUCCUCCGCAGGCUCGCUACAGUCUCCCAGCCAUCCACCGGUGAUUCCUCCUCCGCCGACGUCUUCCGCAGUUAACAACACAAGCGCCAGCAACGCCACGAAUCACUCGAAAAACUCCGCUGACUCCGGUGUUACCGAUAUAUUCGCUAACGCCCAGCUUGAGUCCGGUAGCUACCAGUCUAGUAGCACUCGCAGUUUAAACAUGGUUCCACCAAUGCCAGAUAUUUGCAAUCGCGCCGAUCGCUACCAUCGUAAAUCCGAGGAGGUCUCUGCGUCAGCAGCUCGAACUUCACCCUGGCCGGCUCAUUUGUUCGGAGGAAGUGGCGGAGUUGGUCCGUCAAGCUCUAAUACUGGACCACAAAGUCCUCAUCCGUUCCCUCCGUUCGUUGGUUCGGAUAUUCAGGUAAGCUCUGCCUAUCCGGCCUACAAUGUUUAUCCGAACUACUCAAAUCUGCUACCCCCGCACACACCCAAUUCGGCCCCACCACCACCGGAUCCGUUGAUGUUCCAGCACUUUAUGCAAACUCAGCAAAUGUUGAUGAACUUAAUAACACAGUGCAACCAGCUGCUGUGGAUCCAACAGCGGGAGAUCAACAAUCUGAACAAUGCAGUACUGCUUCUCCAAGAACGUAUUCUGGCCAAUGGAAACACCAGUAUUCUAUUGAACGAUAUCCACGUCCCCGGUGCCGCUGCUCACAUACGGGCUGAAUCUACUCCGCCCAACAAUUCGCUCAACUCCGCUGGUACACUUUCCGGUUCGGUCUACAGUCGAGCUCGCUCCGAGCAACCAUCAAUGAAUCAUCCGCAAACCCCUUCCUCACCAUACCAAACACUCCCAUCAAACACCCUUCAACAUGCGUCGUACGGUGGCCUCGGUGGAAAUUCCACUGGCCAAUUUCAUCCUUUCACCCCAACCACAUCACACCAGUCUAACGCGCAGUUCUCGAUUAAUCAACAAAUUCAGCGCAAUAAUACUAACAUCUCAAACGCUAACGCUGCCGGUUCGGUCAAUAGCAGCAGUAGUACCCAGCGCAACUAUCGCAAUCUCAGACACGUAAACAUUAACACCGCUAACAAUGCGAUCUACGAACAGCAGCAGCAGCAACAACCUCUGUAUAGUCACCAGGUCUCUCUACAGCAGCACUCGAAUAAUUUUAUGAACCUCAACAAUCCGCUACAACAGACGGGAGCAGGGAACGACGACACGAAUCUGCAGCAGCAGCAUUAUAACAAUAUUUCCGUGGCAGCCGGUGGUAGUGGCAACCUCGGCCCAUCCAACAUGAUUAAUAACUUGGCGAAUGGUCCGACUACAACCAUGCAAACGGGAGGAGCCCUACAACAGCCACCGCCUUGCCUGAACAAUCUGAAUAAUAGCAGUAACAACAGUAACGCUUCCCAGCAAACGCAAGCACUUAAUAACCAGGUCCUACCGGGAGUACGUGCCAAUAAUUAUUGGGACAAUUUUAGAAGUUACUCAAGACAAAAUCUUCUGUCGAGCAAUAGCUGCAAAAGUAACGAAGAUUCCUGUACACCAAGCUCCGGCAGUUGCACCAACAACAUCAACAACCAAAUUCAGCGCAAUAGUAACACAAACAACUACAACAACAAUGCCGCCACCGGAAACACGUGCAGUUCCAUUGGCCAGAACGCCAACAACAAGUAUCCUUCGAACUUCAACCGCAACAAUUCGCUUAGCAAUGUCAACCAACAGGCGAUAUCCGAUGUAGGUUCUAAUCCGCACCAGCCAAACAUGUCUCAUCAUCAACAAACACAACAGCACUACGCAGCUCUGCCAUCAUCACAACAGCAGCAGCUGCAGCAACAGCCUACCCAACAACAACAACAGCACCAAGAUUCGGCAUCUUUCCAACAGAUACCACAAACGAUGUUUCAUCAACAGCAAGCACAGCAACAGCAGCAGCAGCAGCAGCAACAACAACAGCAGCAGCAAUCGCAACAACAUCAAAAUCAUCAUACCCCUUUGAACCAAUCAAAUUCUUUAGAUCUCAGUGAGCUGCAGUUCCACACCAAUCCGAUCAAUCUGGGUCUGGCCAACAAGAGUAACCAUCCGAAAGGUAGCGGUCAUAAGAAGUAUCCACUUUCGCUGCGUUCUUGCCGCGACGGUAGCAACUCCAGCGGUGAAGUGAGCUCUAACUUUUACGCCGUUGGUGCACAUGCGGAUAUGAUCAGUGAUUUGAAUUUGGCCACCGCUAGCAACUACCAGCACGAUUCCAAAUCGUCCUCGAAAUUGUUCGAAGCCUUGAAGGAGAAUGUCUACCAGGAAGUUAAAAACCUCAUCACCGCCAACGAAUCUAGACCGCACUUCUUGAUCCAACUGUUUCGAGAACUGCAGCUUAUCUCAUCGGAUCCGCUGCGUCAACGGACGCUGCAGUCGAUUCAGGACUUGUACAACCGUUACAUCGAGACUACCCUACAACAGGAACAGCAGGAAGGUCACGUAAAUAACAUAGGCAGUAAUAAUUUGCUUUCUUCGGUAGCCGUACCGGCCUCGGUCAGCGGUACCGUUCAAAAUGCAGAGAGUGUGGUAGGAGGACAGCAGCCAGUGGCUGCCGAGAAUUUGGAGGUGGUAGAAAUGGAAGUUUCUCAGAACUUUACCAACGCACGAAGUCAACAGCAACAACAGGUGGCAGCGGCGGUUUAUCACUUUGUUCCUGCGGCGGAAAGCACUCCCAAUGUAGCCAAUGUCACAGCGUCCAGUUCCGGCACCAAUGAGGGUAUUCUCGGCAAUGAGCUAGAGGCUGGCGAGCUAGGUGUUCCCAGCUCGGAAAUAAUCAGUAUCAUUAUGGGUGACAUCGUCUCGGUUAUUAAUUCGGUAGAUUACAUCAAUGACUCGGUUCUAUGCAAAAUUGCCGGCGUAAUUUGCAAUCAUGCAACGGGUGCCCCUAAUGGGCUGUUCCAGAGUGCACAAGGACAGCAGCAGAAGACCCCGGAGCGGCUAUUGGCCAAUCCUAUGCUCGGACCGUCGAUGGCUGCCUUUCUAGCACAGAAUGAUGCUGACUUCAUCAGCCGGGAGGAUUUCCUUCGACAUCUAGAGAGUUGGAACCGAACCGAUAAAGACGAAUUUAUUUCGAAUCUAGAGAAUUUGCUGAAUAACAUUUUGUUGAGAUCAUCCGCCGCCGAGGGUGAUGCAGCAAUGGUCUCGUCUUCGAACAUGAACGGUGACGAGGAAGGACAAAUGAGAGCCCAAAUGCAACAUCAACAGCAACAACAGCAUCUUCAUGACUCCUUGUCUAGUCACGGCAACGGCAUUAACACGAGCGCGGACAUCAGUACCGAUAACAACGAAACGUUUGCCUCCUACUCUGGCAACGAGGUUCCGUUUUCUCCACGUGGAUUUUCUGCCGUUGGUCCUGUUGGUGGGGGAUGUGGCGGUCGAAGAUUGUACGGUGUGUCCGAAAGUGAUAACAUUUCCAACGGAGUGAGCAGUUCCAACGGUUAUGCUUCAACAACGUACGAUUUGGCGGAGGCAGAUCAAAUCUGCGAUUUGGAUAAAACAAUUUCAGCAGGUGCCGUUGGAGGAGUUGCUUCAAUGGCCCCUAACUCCAACUCCGAAGCCAUGUUGCACAGUAUGGAUGAUCGACGAAGAAUGAGACAGUGGAUGUUGGAUGAUGAUCUAGCGGAUAUGCCGGAUAGGGCGGCGAAAGAGCAACAACCACAGCAAAACCCGGACCCAAGGUUUGGCGAUGUGUGGAAGCUUGAGGACGAAUAAUAAAACGAAAACUUGCUAAGAGCUCCCAUCGCGAGCCUGCUUUAUUGCUUCUAUCGCAUACUCCUGUUUGAUUGGCGGUCUCUUCUUAAGGCUUUGUGGCCGUUAUAGUAUAACAGGGAGGAGAACAAGACAAUGGAUAAUCAACUCCAAAUUACCCAACGAAAUCUGCUCUUAAGGAUUUUAACGAAGUUGGUACACUUUCAGACGUAAAUUCAUUUUUGUCUUUAUUUUUUUCUUUUUAAAUGUGAUAUUUUCGGUUCAUUUCAACAACAAUAACCAGAGCCGCAAUUAGAUUUUGUGUACUAUGUAUUCGAUUAACUCAAUGAUAUGAUAAAACUUGACAACAAAUUGUCCAUUUUUUGCGUUGUAUCAUGGCCAAACCAUAGCGAUUAAUUUUUAUUUAUUCAAUGUUGUGUCUGAAAAGCUCGCAGGUUGUAAUGCGACGCGGAAAUAACGUUCUGAAGCUGAGCUGCAAAAUAAGUGUCGUGUUUAAGCUGCUCGAAAUGUUGUUCCUAAGAGUUUGGCGCGAAUUGCAGCACACGCGCGUUGUUUUGCAUCUCAAGUUGUGAAGGUACUAAACGGAGAAGCUCAAAGCGCCGGUAUGAUCUGUAUCUAAAUAUAAUCAUAGUGUAAAA